GCUCCUACCUUUCGCGGCUCUGCAACGUGGGGACAAGAACCGGCAUUUUCGAAAGACGCCGCCUUCCAUAGCAGCGCUGGCGCGGGCGUAGGCUAAACACGGGGGUCCUGAGACUACGGAAAACGCGCCAAGUUCUCCUCGCUGGUGGAGUGGGGCGACCCUAGCGGUCCAACGGCGUCGUGAGACGGACCACUUUUUCGUGCGCCCAUUUCAUCCCGGGGCCGGCGCCGGCGGUCGCCGCUCCUCCGGGAAUGUAGUUGGUGGCGGCGCGAAGCAGGACCAAGCGGUGGCCCGGCUUCCCGCUCUUGAGAGCGAAUGGUCACUCCCCCGCGGGGAGGGCGAUCCGGCCAGCUUGCCCUGGGGUCGGGGACCCAGGCUCGGAGCUGGGGCUCACCCGUGGUACCCACACCCCUCCUGCUCGGCCUCGCCGGCGUCAUCGCCGCGGACUGCGCGCUGGGCCAUGACCGGAUAUAGUUGGUGAUAACCACUUGCUUCUUAAAUCAAUUAUAAACUCCUUGGAAUUUGAAGAGAAAAUGCCUGGUGUUAUACCUAGUGAAAAUAAUGGGCUUUCAAGAAGUAGUCCAAAGAAAAACAGACUUUCCUUGAAGUUUUUUCAAAAAAAGGAAACUAAGCGAGCCUUGGAUUUCACAGAGUCUCAAGAAAACGAAGAUAAAGUUUCAGAAUAUAGUGGAUCUGAAAUUGAUCAAGUUGUUCCUGCAGCACAGACCUCACCUAUAAACUGUGAGAAGAGAGAGAAUUUGCUGCCAUUUGUGGGGUUGAAUAACCUUGGCAAUACUUGUUAUCUAAAUAGUAUACUACAGGUAUUAUAUUUUUGUCCUGGUUUUAAAUCUGGAGUGAAGCACUUAUUUAAUAUUAUUUCAAGGAAGAAAGAAGCUCCAACAGAUGAAGCCAGUCAAAAAGAGAAGGGAAAUUGCAAAGAAGAUUCUUUGGCAAGUUAUGAACUGAUAUGCAGUUUACAGUCAUUAAUCAUUUCAGUUGAACAACUUCAGGCUAGUUUUCUCUUAAAUCCAGAGAAAUACACUGAGGAGCUUGCUACUCAGCCAAGGCGACUGCUUAACACACUCAGGGAACUCAACCCUAUGUAUGAAGGAUAUCUACAGCAUGAUGCACAGGAAGUAUUACAGUGUAUUUUGGGAAACAUUCAAGAAACAUGCCAACUCCUAAAAAAAGAAGAAGUGAAAGAUGCGGCAGAAUUAUCUACUAAGGUAGAAGGAAAUUCUCAUCAGAAAGAGGAACUAGGUGAUAGGAAUAACAGAGAGAUGGUUAAUGGGAGUCAUUCUGAAGAUAAAGAAAAACUCCCAAAAGGAAAUGGGAAAAGGAAAAGUGACAGUGAAUUUGGUAACAUGAAGAAAAGAACAAAAGUAUCCAAGGAAUACCAGUCAUUGGAGGAGAACCAGAGACAAACUAGAUCAAAAAGGAAAGCUACAAGUGAUGUGUUAACGAUUCCCGCUAAAAUAAUCCCCAAGUACACUUGUGAAAAUGGAAGUGCAAGACCCUCACAAAAGAAGUCAAAAGAUAAAAUAAACUGGUUAAAGUCUGUAACUAAGCAACCCAGUAUUCUUUCUAAAUUCUGUAGUCUGGGGAAAUUAACGACAAACCAAGGAUCAAAGGGACAGUGCAAAGAAACUGAGUAUGAUCUUGAAGAGGAUGGGGAAAAGUAUGAGAAUGGUAACGCUCCAAAGGUUAAUGGUUGUGGACUUGAUUCUCCAGAGAAUAAUACUGAACCCAUUAAUGUUAAUGAAGAUAAAGCCAUAAACAAAGGUGUGGAGCAAAUUGGUUUUGAACUUGUGGAGAAAUUAUUUCAAGGUCAGCUGGUAUUGAGGACUCGUUGUUUGGAAUGUGAAAGUUUAACAGAAAGAAGAGAAAACUUUCAGGACAUCAGUGUGCCAGUGCAAGAAGAUGAGCUUUCGAAAGCAGAGGAGAGUUCUGAAAUUUCUCCAGAGCCAAAAACAGAAAUGAAGACCCUGAGAUGGGCAAUUUCACAGUUUGCCUCAGUGGAGAGGAUUGUUGGAGAAGAUAAAUAUUUCUGUGAGAAUUGCCAUCAUUAUACUGAAGCUGAACGAAGUCUUUUGUUUGACAAAAUGCCUGAAGUUAUAACUAUUCACUUGAAGUGUUUUGCAGCGAGUGGCUUGGAGUUUGAUUGUUACGGGGGUGGACUUUCCAAGAUCAACACGCCUUUGUUGACACCCCUUAAACUGUCACUGGAAGAAUGGAGCACAAAGCCAACCAACGACAACUAUGGAUUAUUUGCAGUUGUGAUGCAUAGUGGCAUUACAAUUAGCAGUGGGCAUUACACCGCUUCUGUUAAAGUCACUGACCUUAAUAGUUUAGAACUAGAUAAGGGAAAUUUUAUGGUAGACCAAAUGUGUGAGAUAAGUAAGCCAGAACCAUUAAAUGAAGAGGAAGCAAAAAGUGUGGUUGAAAAUUAUGACGAUGAAGAAGUAUCUAUUAGAGUCAGUGGAAACACACAGUCAAGUAAAGUUUUAAACAAAAAAAAUGUAGAAGCUAUUGGACUUCUUGGAGGACAAAAGAGCAAAGCAGAUUAUGAAUUAUACAACAAAACAUCGAAUCCUGAUAAGGUUGUUGCUGGUACAGCAUUUGCUGAAAGUAGAAAUUCUGAGACUAAUAAUACUAAUGGGACCCAUGAAUCUGAUAGCAACAAGGAAUCCAAUGACCAAACAGGCAUUAACAUUAGUGGAUUUGAGAAUAAAAUUUCAUAUGUAGUACAAAGCUUAAAAGAAUAUGAGGGGAAAUGGUUGCUUUUUGACGAUUCCGAAGUGAAAGUUACUGAAGAGAAAGACUUUCUGAAUUCUCUUUCCCCAUCUACAUCUCCCACAUCUACUCCUUACUUGUUGUUUUAUAAGAAAUUGUAGAGCAAAUGUUUUUUCCCUUGUGUGUAUAUAUAUAUAUAUAUAUAUAUAUUAAACAGACCUGGACAAACAUUGUUAAUGUUAUUUUCAUCAAGAAGCUUGGCUUAUCUUUUGAAGCUACUGGAUAUUAUUGGUCUCUAGGUUUUAUAUAGUAAAAUUUGAAUUACUGAAAACCAUGUACAUUUUUAGCAUUCAAUUUCUUUACUAGAGACUAGUGAUGCAUUAACUUUUGGGAACAAUCUUGUGUAAGUUCCAAAUGAAUUAUCCAAAAUGGAAGCAUUUAAAAACCUACCUUUUGUGUUUGCUUUUAAAAAUAAAGUGCUUGUAUUUGUAUUCUCCA